AUGUUGGAAGUGGCAGACAAGACAGUGGAGUUUUUGCUGCGUCACGACGCCGCGCGCCCGCCGCCAGACAUUGGCUCGCUUGCAGGGAACGCAUUCGAACGUGUUCACUGGAGAGACGCAUUUGACACCUUUCAGGAGGCUGAGCGUCUGGCGCUCUGGGAAACGAAAACUGCGCUGGAUGGCCUCAAUGAGGGUGCGUACCUUGCCGCCCGUGAUGCCCUCUUCCCGCUGGCCGUGAGCGGCAGCCAAGGCGCUGUUUCGUUCGGAAACCGUGCCGGACACAAACUGCGCGAAGCGUUGGAGGCUACCGGUGUUUGGGAACACCUGCAGCAUGAGACAUGUGGGCGGAAUAGUCGUAUUGCCUUUGCCGAUGUCUGCGGUGGCCCUGGUGCCUUCUCGCAGGCCCUCUUCGCGAUGAGCCGGCAGUACAAACUGAAACUGCGGGGGUUUGGCAUGACACUGCGCAGCGUGAAGGGGCUCGACUGGUACUCCAGUCUUCCAUCGGACCGCUUCCUGGCCACGUACGGCGUUGACGGUACCGGGGAUGUCUUUAACUUGGCUAACAUUGAGGCACUUCGCUCCUUAACUCUCACAGAAAAGCUGAAGCUUGUCGUGGCUGACGGUGGCUUCAACGUCCCAUUCGAUAUUGCGAACUAUCAGGAGACCAUCUCCGGCAGGAUUCUCUUCGGGCAAUGGUUGGCCGCGUUGAAGCUCCUUCGGCCGGGUGGUUGUUUUCUGCUGAAGCUAUUUGACACAUUUUCCCCGCUUUUGCGCGUCAUGCUGUACCUCGCCACCUACCUGUACGACCGCGUUCAUGUGGUGAAGCCUCGCCACAGCCGUGUCGUGAAUAGCGAGAGAUAUUUGGUGUGUCUGGGCUUUCGCGGUGCCCAGGCGCCAUGGAUGGCGUACUUCGAGCGCUGCUAUCAGGUUGGCUUUACCGACAACGACUCUAUUCCAACCAUAAUGCCCGUCUCGUGGGUGAUGGAGGACGAGACGUUUGUGGGUGACAUGGCGGAGAUGAGCUCUGCAAUUGCGUCGAACCAGGUGGUGUCGCUGAAGAUGGUGCUGGCAAAGUUGCAUUCCUCCUCGUCAGCGGAAAAGACGGAGCAGCAGCCGGUUUCUUGA